GUUUUCAAUGCCACAGCGUUCAAACAGGGAAGUAAACCAGCUGAAAACUUGUGAAGAAAGAAACCAUUUUGGUCAGUUAAACGCGCAUCUCUGCACGUAAAUGUAGAUGAGACGUCAACCUCUGCCCCGGGAAGAGAUCAGCUGUGAGAGAACACGCAUGAAUUUCCCCACAUUCAAGUGGAAACGAGGAGAUAUUUGAUGUGAAGAGGAAGGAAUUUGGGUUUUUUGUUGUUGUUGUUUUUUGAGCAAACAAUUCUCUUAUGAUGGAUUUUUGGUUUUUAGUUUUUUAAUGAAGCAUCUGCAAGAGGAGAGUCGCGCUAAUUGCGGAAAGCAACAACACUUUGGUUUAUUGGUCCAAGGCUGCAGAGUGUCAGCUUCUGACGCAGGCAGAGCACCUAUCCCCGAGUUGCACACUAACACCUGACGGCUCCAUCUCUUGCAUCGCCGGUUUUUCUCUAUCACGACUACUCCGGCUCUGCAGUUCAGGGACUCCAACGUUUUAUGGAAGCGAAGUCUGCGCACCCUGUCGCGGUCAUGCUUCCCCCAAAGAACUGCCUGCCGAGGAACUACAGCUGCAUAGCUGGACUAUUCGGGAGUCUUGCAGCGGCAAAUCCGAGGCUUGAAGAUGGAGAGGAUUUUGACAUGGUGAACGCCACUUGUGAGCCUAUCGAGAGCGCAGUGGUGGAUGAGAGGCCAAGGGGCAGAGAGAUUUCCCUGAAGCCCCCACAGAGCCCUAAUCUGCGUCGGAGGUGCAAGUCUUUGCCUACACCUACAGAGAGAGCAAAGUUAGAGAUCGCCCGCAGCAGAAGCCCAACCAUUAAGAAAAAAGUCCGCUUCGCGGACUCCCUGGGCCUGGAGCUCAUUUCAGUGAAGCAUUUUGACGACGCAGAUGUUCCCGAGGUGCCUGAGCGCAUAAUGGCAAAAUUACCCAAGGGACCCCUUCACCUUCAUCACUUGGACACAAAAUUCCCCCGGGCUCCUGCGCAGUCUGUGUUCAUGGAAUUGCAGUUCACCAACCCAGGCACAUUACCCGGCUUCGAGCAGAAAGUGAGGGAGGUAAACGUCCUGUUGGAGACCGUGGAGGCAGACGAAUUCAGCCUCUCCGGCUUCGUGCGCGUGUUGAAUCUGGCUUUCGAAAAGAGCGUCUCUUUGCGGUAUUCCCUAAACAACUGGAUAACCUUUAUGGACAGUUUGGCGUCCUAUGUUCCUGACUCGAGCGACGGUGUCACUGACAGGUUCUGUUUCAAGAUAGUUAUGCCCACCUACCUAGACAACGGAGGAACAUUGCAAUUUGCAAUUAAAUACUGUGUCGGCGGGCAAGAGUUUUGGGACAAUAAUAACGGCAAUAACUACAAAGUCCGUCAUCACCGGUUCAAGAUGUCUCCACCUCGGGAAUGGGAAAACGGAUGGAUUCAUUUUAUCUGAGCUUUGACGUAUGUAGUGACACACUUGCGCCAUUUGAGCGCAAUUGAUCCCCGGGUACCUUAUAAGCCUGUAAAACAAAAGAUUCAUAUUAUUAUUAUUCCGUCAUUGUCAGCUGUAUACAUUCCGUGACAGAGAAAAUAUUUUACCACGAUAUUUCAAACAGUGACCCUGUGGUGGCGACGCACCGAGGGUUGAAAUGGCCUGCUGUUUAAGCCUGAUAGGCUUCCCGGUGUGGGAUGCUGUUCGAUAUGUUGCCUUGAUGUCAGGGCUCUGUACAGCUUGGUGCCCUUUGGGAGGGCAUGUUCUCGUUAUGUAAUAUAAAAACACGCGCCACGGAGAACGUGCCGGGUAAUGCCAACUUCAGGCAUCACUACUCAUUUCAAGAUGCUGUAACUGUCAGUUUGCAUGUGUGCAAACAUCGACUCAAAAGCAAAAAGAAAGCAUUUUAGCUGAUGGUAGCAUACGCCCCUGGUGGUCACCUGCAGACAGGGGUAAACAUGUCUUAUCCCCCCGAUAAAAGAUGGAGAUAUAAGGUGGUUAUUUAAUUUAGAUAUUUAACUUAUUAUUUCCUACUAUCACGCCAUUUAAAUGCCUUAUCCUAAGCCAUGAUGUAGGGAGUUGUUGAUUUGUGUUGUACAGUAUUUUCUUCAUUGGGCUUGAAUGGAGUUAAAUGCAUUAGAUGGUUAUCGUCAUUAAAUUUACAAUGUAAAACAAUCCAGGGACAUCAUACUUAACCAUACAAAAAUCUGCCUCUUAGCAAUGCAUUUGUAGCCUAUUCAACAUAAAUGAUUUUACAUUUUGCAUAUUUAAAUUAUGAAGAAUAAGGUGGUUUGACAAAGUUCAAAGACAAUGAAGUAAUAUUAAACUAAAUUAUAUAUAUAUAUAUAUAUAUAUAUGUAUAUAUAUAUAAUUUAAGAAUUCUUUAUAAAUAUAAUGAUAAAGAACAGGUUUUUCAGGACUCUUAUUCUUUACAGUAAUUUCUUGUUUUAUCUGAAUGAAAUCCUCCAGCAUAGCUUUUAUCACAAGGAAAAUGUCUGAAGUGGCUGUUUGAAAGGUUAAGUUUACCUCUGAUUACCUGUGGACCUUUUUUGUUUCUUCUCUUCUUCAGGUUGACUGCUAAAGAACAGAUCUUAUUUUCACAACAAUUAUUUUUUAACUAAUAUAUUUAAAGAAAAGCGUGUUAUUGUACAUGUACAGCCUUGAAACAAAAAUAUCUAAGAUUCUUGACAACACUGCUUAACUAUAUUUUUCACAGAGCAGGUCUGUCUAUAGUCCAAGUAGCUAUCACACAGGUGGCUGUGUUUAAAUAGCUUUAGCUGCUUUAAAUGUACACGAUAGUCAUCGGUCCAAGAAUAGUGCUGCUCCUCACACUUCUUAUACUUUAUGUGAACGGAUUGACUGUCUUUCGUUCUCAAAUUGCAAACUGUCUGCUCGCUUUCAUCAUACAGUACACCUUUGUAAAUGUUAUUGUCAUUUCUGGGCAAAAGCGUGUCUCACAUCUAAGGUGUUUUUACUUAGAUCAGAGGCGAGCAGCCUUCCAAACUCUCUCGCCUUCACUGUGGCUGACGAAGCUUGUCUGUUGUUCAAAUCAUUUUAGUUAAAUGCCAAUAUCCAUCGCGCUUUUAAAAAUCUGUACAAUAAUAUCAAAGCGAGCAUGUGCAAAGUUUAGCCUUUAGCUGCUAGAGGAACAACAGACAUGUUGCUUUUAAUUCCAGUGCUCAGACUGUAAUGUGAACAUCACUUUGGCCUUUGUUUACAUCAUCAUGGCCUCAGAGGGAAGCUCUCCAUUUAAUGAGGUCAUCGCGCCGGGAUGUUGACAGAGACUAUUCCUGUAACCACUUAGUUUUUGGAGCACUUCCACUGUGAAUCCAUCAGUAUCGUUUGUCUCCAAAGAUGACAUAAUUUAUGUCAGGGCUACAGUGCUCUACCUGAUCAUAUUAGAUCAGUUUUGAUGAGAUGAGCGAUGAUAGUUCCAAUCAUGCAACUUAACUUUAGCACGUACAGAGCUGAAUUUCUCUCAUUGGUUUAUUUAAAUACAUUGUGAAUAUCUAAUGUCCUGUCAUAGCAGAAUUUAGUGUAUUAUGCUGUUACACCAGUGGGUAUUUGCAUAUUGUCUGCUUUGGUCUGUGUAAACUUUGUUCAAGCAUCCAUGCAAUGCAAUACCAGAAAGCAUUAGUUAUACAGGCUGAGGUGACUGAUGUGGGCUUAGAGAGAUGCAUCAAUAGCCAACUGAUCACUGCCAACAUAGACUGUGAUUUUUGAAUUUAAUGUUUGGCUCAUAUGUGGUCGUAUUUGCUUACUAGAUAACAAUAAAGUGUUGGGGUUGCUUGACACAAGAGACUGUGUGAAUAUAAUUGUCUUGUCUGUUAUCUAUUACAUUUGAACCUGUUGGUUUAGCAUCGCAAAAACUGUGAAAACUGUGGCGAUCCCACAGCCCUGUUAAUGCAACUGUCGAACUAGUUUCGCAAUAUAAAAAUGUCAUUUGUAGACGACAAAUCUGGAUGCUAUUUUUAUUCUGGCAUCUCCAACACUGCUGUUGCUAUUGGUGCAUCUCUACUACAAAGAAGGUGGGUCUGUGGUCUUAGAUUUUCACCAUAAUCAAUUCAUAACUCACUGAUAUAUAAGUAUGUAUGUAAAUGUGUUAAUGUUUCAUAUUGAAUGUCUUCCUGCUGUUCUAUGUUGUGUGUACUUUUAAUCAUUUUAAAGGCAGAAUUGAGAAAUUAGAAUGGUACAAGCUUGUUAUCCUUUGGUGCUGUAAACUGUUAUCAAAGUAUUGUGUUUUAAAAAAAACUUGUUAAAGCAAACAAAUUUGUCUCCAGGAACAUUUGAGUAAUGGCUAUUGUUAGAAUUAGGAAUGCCACAAAUUGAUAUUUUCUCCCGAAAUGUUUUAACAAUAAGAUGUGAUAGAUUAUCCCUAAUAUAUGCAUCAAAAUGUAAAAGAAAAACAAAACAUGAAAAUAAGUACUAUAUUGGACACUCUAUGUACACAAAUAUAGGUGUACUCUCAUCUUACUAAGCUGUGAGUUCACUUAGAAAUGUGUAAGAGAAGUUUAAGAUGGUGAGUGUAAGUGACUAUAAAAUAUGUAAACUCUGACGGUGAAGAAGGAGGCGACAUGAGAUAUUUUAGUGUUUGAUAACUUUUAAUAUGAGCGACUUAUGAUUGUAGCUGACUGAGUGGGUGCAGUCUAAUCCAGCAAGAGGAAGGAAAUGUGACGUUGUAAAGCUUUUCUUGUGAAUAGUUUCCAAACAAAAUGUUUGCCAUGGUUUGUCGUAUUUUUGCUUUUGCUCACCAUCGAAAGCCUAACUCACCUCUGUCUAUGACCAUUUUACAGCAUUUCUUCCUUGAUCUGCUGUCUUGAAAGUGAUAUUUUUGGUUUUUGUAAUUCCUGUGCAACCAGUUUUUGCUGUAACAUCUACACCCCGAGGUAUUGUCUGCAAUGGAACGUAACCAUGUGCGCAUGUGUAGCUGAAACAUACCUUCAUUUCAUGUUCGGGUUUUAAUGUAACUCAUUUUGUUUAAGGUUAAUAAAGGCAUUUUCGAUGGAAACCAAAUGUUCUGCGAGUUCCUGUAGCUCAUAUCCACCCGGCAUGAUCUCUGAUAUCUGCGAUUUAGAGUACUGUGCCGUCAGUGCUAGGGCAGCUGCAGAGCUGUGCAUGUGUGCAUUCCCAAGGUGUCCGUUUUGUCGGUCGACUGAGCAUCUAAUUUUCAAGGAGCUGCUGUUGCUCCCCAUUCAUAAAGGAGCACACUGCAGCAGGCUGCAGCCAUCACCAUUGUAUACCAGGCUGAGGACAUGUCCUUUGAAUCGAUUGCUGCUGACACCCUACCCUUAUUCUGUUUACGACGGGGAGAGGGUUGCAGCUCGAAGCAGGGAAAGGUACAGCCAGACCUGAAGAAAUGCUUUAUAAACUGAUAAUAAAA